AUGCAGCUGGAAGGUUUCCCGCGGCCGGUCGAGGCGUAUCGCUUCUACUGCUUCAACACGAGCUGCUGGCCCGUGGAGGUCUACUUCGUGGAUGAUCCCACCAAGAAGCACCUGCCCUCGUUGCUUCCGGAGCUGAAUGUUCACACCUCCUUCUUCGUGCCCCUGGCCUUUGAGGGGGCAGGCUCGCCGGAAAGCGAAGGAACGUUUCGACACCUCUGCAUCGACGACCUUUACAGUGGACAGCUGCGUGUGAACUCGGCCGACAGUUUCGAGUGGAACUGGUCCGUUCAGGGGCCGAACAAGGACGGCGAGAUCAAGGCCACCUACCGGCGCGUCUCUUGA